AUGACUAUAAGCACUAUUAAUAAAAGUCUUACAAGCUUGAAUGAAAAGGAUGGAACAAGUAUUGGCAAUGGAAUUGAGAAGACUGGUAAAGCAGAUGCCGAAGAACCUGAAGUAAAAGUGAAGGUUGUAACAGAAGACGAUGACGAAGAAGGAACCCCUGUAGAGAAGUCCACCUGCGACAAGUUUAUCGACUAUCUACUCUGCAGAGGAGAUCUUGCAAAGAAGACUUUAGCAAGAAAGCCAGUUUCGGUCAGAGGAUUGUUCCGUUACUCUACCAAGUUCGACAUUGUAUUGUUGAUAAUUGGCGCAAUUGGAGCAGUUGUAAGCGGGAUUUGCCAGCCCUUCUUAGCCUUCAUCUCAGGUCGAGUAUUCAGCAUUUUGACAUCCGGAAAUAUUACGGACAAAAUAGAAGCAGAAUAUCAGUUGUUUAACUAUGUUUACGUCUAUAUUGGUGCUGGAGUUUUCGUCAUCAUCAUUCAUUAUCUGCAGUUUUUCUGUUUCUAUCUUGUGUGUUGCCGACUAAUUGCGAAGAUUCGGCAUCAUUAUAUCAAAGCCAUUCUACGACAAAAUGCUGGUUGGAUAGAUAAGCAUCACAGCGGUACUUUGACUACUCAGCUGAAUGAUAAUGUUGAACGUAUUCGUGAGGGCGUUGGUGACAAGUUGGGAUUGUUGAUUCGUGGUUGUGCCAUGUUCUUCGCUGCCCUCGUAAUGUCGUUUGUCAUUCAGUGGAGACUGGCACUUUUUAUGUUUCCAGUAGCACCUUUGUCGUGCAUGUGCAUGAGCGUCAUGUCAAGGAAAAUGGCAGAAUCAACAGCUAAAGAGCUUAUGAAUGUUGGAAAAGCUGGUGCGAUCGCGGAAGAAUCUGUUCUGGGUGUUAGGACGGUACAAGCUCUAAAUGGACAAGAGGAAAUGGUGGAGAGAUACUCCAAAUCGCUCAGCACAGGUCAAAAAUAUGCUAAAACAAAAUGCUUCUGGAGCGGAUUCUGGGGAGGAUUCUUCUACGUUAUCCUUUUCACUUAUAUUGGAGCAGGUUUCUUAUUCGGUGGUCACCUACUAAAAAUCGGAGCAAUCGAAGAUCGAGGAGAAGUGAUUACUGUAGUAAUAUCAAUGAUGAUUGGUGCUUACUUUCUUGGCGUGAUCUCUCCUCAUCUAAUGGUUCUGCUAAACGCAAGAGUCUCGGCAGCUACAAUAUAUCACAUAAUAGAUAGGACUCCGGAAAUUGAUCCAUACUCUGCGGAAGGCAAAAUUCCAAUGAGCACCAAAGGAGAGGUCGAAUUCAACAAUGUGCAUUUUCGCUAUCCGACUAGAAAGGACACAAAAGUACUAAAUGGUCUCACUCUCACAAUAAAACCAGGCGAAACGGUUGCAUUGGUCGGACAUAGUGGUUGUGGAAAGUCCACUUCCGUUGGUCUUAUCACCCGCCUCUAUGAGGCAGAAGCCGGAACGGUGAAAAUCGAUGGAAAUGAUGUGCGAAGGGUCAAUUUAGAAUGGCUUAGAAAUACGGUUGGCAUUGUCCAGCAAGAACCUAUGCUGUUUAAUGGGACCAUAGAGGAAAAUCUGCGAGUAGGAAGUCCAGGAAUUCAGAGAAACGAGAUGAUUCAAGUGUGCAAGCUAGCUAACGCACAUGAUUUUAUUAUGAAAUUACCUAACGGGUACUCUACUAUGAUCGGUGACGGUGCCGUACAGUUAUCAGGUGGUCAGAAGCAACGUAUUGCGAUAGCGCGUACAUUAGCAAGAAAUCCACGAAUUCUGCUCCUUGAUGAGGCCACUUCGGCUCUCGAUGCAAACAGUGAAAGUAUCGUGCAGCAAGCUCUUGACAACGCAUCGAAAGGCAGGACCACUAUAGUAAUUGCUCAUCGGUUGUCAACCAUUCGACAAGCUACGAGGAUAGCAGUUUUUGACAAAGGCGUAAUUGUCGAGCUAGGUACUCAUCAGGAACUGAUAGAGCUUGAUCAAAGAUAUGCUGAACUUGUGCGAGCGCAACAAUUUCAACCUGAAGCAGAUGAAAAUCUCCCAGAUGAGGAAAAAGUAGAUCACGACGCAGUUUACGAGGGAGAGGUGACACGUAGAAGCACGGAAAGCCUUGCACUCGGUGAAGCUGCUUUUGUCAGAGGAGUUCAGGCCCAGGAUUCUUUCAGCCGGAGCAGUCUUGUAAUAUCCGGAGAACAGGUUGCGGUGGUGACGGAUGAGAGCAACGCUUAUGAGGAGAAAAUCAAAGCGGAGAUGAAAACUGAUGGAGAGAUCAAAGCUGGUUUACUUACUAUAUUCGCAAAUGCAAAAGGACAUUACAUUUACAUUAUUCUCUCGUGGAUAACCGCAAUAGCUCGAGGUUUUGAAAUGCCUUGCGGUGCUUUCAUCUAUGCCAUGGUGUUCCAAGCCAUUAGCUAUUACGAUACUGACAGGGAACAAAUGAUACCGGCUUUAGUCAUUUGUCUUAUCGUAUACGUUUGCGUCUCCAUUGGAGUAUUUCUUCUGCAUUUCACAGCUUCUAUUUUAUUUGGUAAAGUCUCUGAAGAGCUUAUACUUCGCUACAGAGUCAAGGCUUUCCGCAACAUUCUGCAUCAGGAUGCCGCUUAUUUCGACAACCCGCAACAUGCGCCAGGACGUCUAAUCACCAGACUUGCGUCUGAUGCACCAAAUGUGAAAGCGGUUCUGGAUAGCAGAAUGAUGUAUGUGGUGUUCAAUAUGACAGCAUGGUUAGUGUGUCUCAUUCUUGCAUUCGUAUCAUGCUGGCAAGUUGGACUUACUGGAUUGGUAAUGAGCGUAUUACUUGGUUUCACCUUGAUUUGGCUCGCCAGGAAAAUUCAAGUGCUCAAUCUCUACGUCAUGAAAGAAAAUCAAGCGGGAAAGUUUUCCAUCGAGAUUAUUGAGAAUGUUCGCACAAUCCAGCUGCUUACACGAGAACGUCACUUCUAUGAAAAAUACGAGGAAGCCUCAAAAAAACAAAAGAGAAAUGAGAUGACGAAGGGAUACUAUGAAGCUGCAAGCUUCUCUCUUACCCAAACAUUUGUAUAUUUCGCAUUGGCAGCUGCUUAUGCUGUUGGUAUUCCAUUGAUCACUCGUUGGGAUUACAAUGUUCAAGAAGUCUACAGAUCUGUGUUCUCCGUGCUUCUGUCAUGUCUGGCCAUGAUGAACUGCUCCACUUUCUUCCCUGAGUUUACCAAAGCCCGUACAGCUGCAGGAAUGUUAUUCAAUAUGAUCAAUAGAAAAUCUAAAACUGGUGAUAUAAACAAGGGUACUGUGCAGGAUCUCAGAGGAAAUAUAUUUUUCGAAGGCGUGCACUUUUCCUACCCUCAAAGGCCUCAUCAACCUAUAAUGCGAGGACUUCAAUUUACCGUACAGAAAGGCCAGACGGUAGCCAUAGUCGGUCCAUCUGGAUCCGGAAAAAGUACAGUAAUAUCGCUCUUAGAGCGAUUCUACGACGCAAGUGCUGGAACUAUUCGUUUCGACGGACAAGACAUUCGCAAAAUGUGUCUCCGUCAUCUACGAACCCAAGUGGCACUCGUUGGUCAGGAACCGAGAUUAUUCGCAGGAACUAUAAAAGAAAACAUUUGUCUCGGCUUGAAGGAAGUCAAUGACACUCAAAUACGAGAAGCUCUUGAGAUAGCUAAUGCUACCAAAUUCCUCAGUAAUCUCCCACAAGGCCUCGACACAGAAGUUGGAGAAAAAGGUACACAACUUUCUGGAGGGCAGAAGCAAAGGAUAGCUAUUGCUAGGGCUUUGGUGAGAAACCCUGUCAUCUUGUUGCUCGACGAGGCCACAAGUGCGCUAGACACGGAAAGUGAAAAGGCGGUGCAAGAAGCGUUAGACUUGGCAAGGGAAGGUAGGACCUGCAUAACAAUCGCUCACCGUCUGUCUAGCAUACAAAAUGCUGAUCUCAUCCUGUACGUGGAAAAUGGAAAAGUCAGGGAGGCUGGCAGCCAUCAGGAACUGAUCAGCCGGAAAGGACGGUAUUACCAACUUAUCAAAAAACAGGACAUUGCCUCAUAAUCACAUUCAAUGUUACUUAUGGAUGCUCAUGUUUACUUUGUUAUAGGAGCCGUUCUUGUCAUAUUUGUUAUCAGUUUAAAGAGAAAAUAGUAGGAAAAAUGAACUCACAUUUGAAUCCAAUCCCAAAGACUUUGGGAGAUUUGCAAAUUAGCGUAGCAUUUGCUCCCCAUUGUUAGUAGC